AUGAGACACAAUAUGUUAUCUUCUCAAUCGAUGUCAUUUUUUCUGAUCGUCGUCUGGCUUUACGAAUUCUUCAAAUGCCAGGAUCAUUGUGAAGAACGUGAAUGGAUGACUUUGGAAAAAGUAAUUUUUGAAAACCGGUCAUAUCGAUAUUCUCAGCAUUAUAUGUAUUUCCAGAGCAUCAGUAUUAACAAGUCUCAGCCAGCUGUGAAUGGAAGUUUCAAUAUACGCAAUUAUUUCUGGACAGUUAAACCGAAACUGUCGCCCAGAUAUUACGGUAGUCAGUUCACAGAAUUCUCUAUUAGCUCUACUGGUGAAAUAAGUAUGAAGGGACAAGACGUUCUCGGAUAUAUUAGACCGUUUAGAUUAUUCGAUGCAUAUCUUAAUUAUGAUAUUUUGGAUGAGG